GUGACAAUGUCUGCAUCUGUUGAUUGAAAUUUGAAACAUAAUAAGCUUCUAAACAAGGUCAACAGUUUUCAUCAACUCACAAUCGACGAAAAUAAUUAGGAAUCAGUGCAUAUUAUGAUUGUGGUUUCAAAGAAUAUUCAUUUCUCAGCUUUCAACCAAAAAUACAAGUGCAAGUGUCCGCGAAAAUGAUCCGUACUUUGUUUUUCGCAAUCACAACGUUACAUGAACAUGGAUGACCUAAAAUGCGAAUACAUGAAGAAAAAGGAUGCUUCUCACUAUCACAAAGAGUGUAAAGUUAAGGAAUUAUAAUGUUUUGUGCAUGGAUUGUCGACAAUCAUGAACUGAAUUGAAGUAAGACAUAACGAUCGGUGAUUCGUCGAAUCACAAAAGUGAAAAUGUGAUGUGUCAAACUGAUUGUUUACCUCGCGGACAGGUGAGCGGUUUGUAGAAGUGGUACGCGAGGGCGGCGGGAGGCGGGCGGCAUGUCGGGUCGCACGAGUCCCGUGAACGGCGGUUACGAGGCCGCGAGCGGAGAGCCUGCAAUGAGGCUCUCUGUCCGCAAGGAUCUAUUUCCCGAGGCCUGCCUGCAGAAGAUCACACCUGUCGUACCUGAUGCGGCCACGACACCAGAAGACGAAGAUGCCGUUUCUUGUGUUAAACUUGAAACUGACUUUGAGCAAAGCAUUGAUGAGAUUGCCCAUCAAAAACAGCAGGUGGCUAAUGGAGCAUUUCAGCCUCCGCGACCCCGUCAUAGAAAACAUAAGCAGCAUUCAAGACGAGAUUCAGACCAGUCUACACUCAAUGGUAGUCUUCCUUCAGAACGAAAACGAAGAAAAAGCAUAAGGUCUCAUAGUAUUGUGCGGUCUAAAGUGAAAGGUGGUAAAAAUUUCAAUUUAGUGAGUAGUAGUGAGUGCCAGGACAAUGACAAAGACUGGGACCCAGAUGAAGAUAGUGAAAGUUCAGAAGAUGAAGUGCUUAAAUGCAGUGUAAAGUUACCAUUAAUUAAUUUGCCUCGGCAAACUGGCAAACCUUACAGUCAUGAACUUAGUCAAUUAUCAACUAAAAAAAGUAAGAAAGACUCUAAAGAGAAACGAACUUAUACCGUGACGCCUUGUAGUGGUAAACCACGUUCUAUGUUGGGGAUAUGUAGUUCACGUAGCAAAAAGAAGUCCAGAAAGUCAGAGUGUACUGCUACUUAUCGUAGUCAGAUAGUGGACAUGAAUACUAUACGAAUUAAGAUCAAAAGAACCAGUGUUCAGGUUCCUAUUAUUACUCCAACACCGGCUUCCAUUGCUGACCUUGGUCAAAGGAAAUCCAAAAAGAAACGGGCCGCUUCUCCCGUGAUCAGCGAAAGCUCUGGAGAAGAAUAUGAUCCCAGAGUGGAUAAUGCUGCUUCUAUGAGUGCGGCCACGCCGAAAGCGAAACAUUCCCGACCUAAGAUACCCAAAACGCCCAAAACCCGAAAAUCAAAUAACUCUAAAAGUAAAAAAAAGACUGAAAGAACUACUAGAAUUAGUGCAGCUGAGAGUAAAGAUGUUGGACCUCAAAGCCCAUGGGCUCAAUUAAUGCCAGAGGAGGUCCUCGUUAAGAUAUUUGAAGAUGUUGUUACUUCACAAGGGACCUUACCUACUGUUAUAAGAUUGGGGCGAGUUUGUAAAUUAUGGCACAGUGUGAGCUGCAGACCUGAGUUAUGGAAGAACGUAGACCUUGCUUCUUACACAGUAGAAAAAUGUAAAACAGACUACAAACUAGUUUGGCUCCUCGAGAAUCGGCUGUCGCAUUGUCAAAGUUUAAAUAUCUCUCAGUGGAAAGUGUGCAAUGUAUCUUGGGUGCUAGCGUGCGUAGCAGAAUAUUGUAAGAGCUUAAUGGAAUUGAGCGUAGCGGGAUGGAGUCGUAUCACGCCGGAACAGCUGUUUGAACUGAUGCAGGGUCUACCGAAGCUGCAAAGAUUGGAUUUAUCACUCACGUCUGAAUCGGGUGGUUCGAGCACGUGUUUAUCCGCAGCAUCUAUGGCCCGUCUUACAGAAAACUUUGGCGAACGGUUAACUCAUCUCACGCUCGCUAACAACAAGUUUAGUGCGUUACCACAAAUACUAACGUCUGUUGCGACGUAUUGCAUCAACUUGGAAGUGUUAGACAUAUCCGGAGCGCUAGCGACGUCCCAUCCCGCGGCGAUACCGCUAGAAGCUCUUCAGAAGGGAUGCCCUAAACUACGAGUCUUCAGAGCCGCUAACUCACAGUUAGUUCUAGCAUCGGCUACCACUUCGCAGCAGAUGGAGGCGGGCGGUUGGACGCAGCUGGAGGAGUUAUCGAUAGCCGGCGAGGCGGAGACGGAGCGGAUGGCCGUGGGCGACUACCGGCUGGGGGAGGAGGCGCUCGCGCGACUGGUGCGGUCCGCUACGCGCCUGCGACUGCUGGACCUGCGCGGGCUGCAGCGGCUCACGGACUCGGGGCUGGUGCGGGUGCCCGCCUGGGACCUGCAACACCUGUUCCUCGGCGGUUGCAACGUGACUCGUCAGAGUAACGCAUGCUUGGAGUUGAUAUGCGAGAAGUGGUCGCACAGUCUGAUAGAGUUAGACUUAUCCUGGGCUUCUGCUUCACGGGUACUAGACGAUGCUGUAUCUGCACUAGCAGAUGCUCAGAACAGUAAACUCAGAAUACUCAACUUAUGUGGUUCAUCAGUGUCAUUAGCACCAGUGAAAAAAGUGUUACUCAGAUGUCAUCAUAUAGAAUCUAUAAAUCUUAGCUCUUGCAGAGCCUUGCCAAGAGGAAUGAAACGUUUAUACACUGGUAAAGAACUACAAGAUCUGAAAGAUAGCUUAGAUCCUGAGAAGGCGAAAACCAAAGAAAAUAUUCAAAGUGAAAAGAAAAAUGAGAAGGCAGAGGCUGAUUCUAAAAUUGUGACAACACCAGAAACUCCUAAACAAGAAACGUUAGAUAGUUCUAGUGAUAAAGUGGAAGCUGCUACCGAAGAUAAGUCCUCGUCUACAAUAUUUCAAGAGCCAAAAAGUGUGUCUGAAUGUAACACCAAACAAGUAUCCACCGAAGUUACUACCAAGUCGUCACCGGAUAGUAAAAGUGAUCUAGCCUCUAAUAAAGAGUGCAUAGAGUCUGCAACUGCUACAGAAGUUAAACGCACUUUUGGUAAUAAUACACCGAAAUUAUUAAGUCCAAUGUCACAACUGAGACCAGAUUCCUCUUCAACUCCGAGGUCUGAUCAAGCGAAAGACGCAAUGGGAAGCCCCCACUUUAGCCCUGUUCCGAAACCGGACAGUCAAGUACAGAACAGUCCUGAAGUGUUACCAGAAUCGAUAAAGAGCAACUCGUGGAAUCUAGGACAGUUUAAAACUACACCCACCCAUAAAUCUGAAGCGAGCCCUUUAAAUAGAAUAGAUAGUCAUAACAAAACUAGGCACAGUAAAAUAGUCGAACAGUGUAGCCCGACUACUUCUCUAGAGAAUAAACCGAGUCCUGAAACGAUCGGCAUGAAGCAAGACAUAAAGAACCCUAACAGUUGGAGUUACGGAAGUCCGAUGCCUCGACAAGAUCAAUUCUCAUCUCAGAGGAGUCCAUAUUCUGCACAACCGAGUCCCGCUCAACCUAGCCCAUAUUCGACGCAACCUAGCCCCUACUCGACCCAACCUAGUCCGUAUUCCUCCCAACCUAGUCCAUAUUCCGCCCAACCGAGUCCUGAUACGAGUCAAAUUAUAAAGCCGGAUCUUCAAAAAUCAGGCGCGUGGAAUUCCGGCAAUUACAGUCCAAUGACGAAACAUCACGCUCCAUUCUCACCGCACCCUUCAACGCACACGAGCCCCGAUCCUGGCUUGGGCGUGAAGAGCGAUAUCCGGAAUAAUCCUAACAAAACUCCUGGUGGAUACAGUCCUAUGUCGAGACAAGAUCGUCACCAUCACAGUCCUUACUCACCGAGACCUAGCGUCGAGAACGUCGCUUAUAGUAACAAAAAGAGCCCAGGUGUGGCGGGCGGCUACAGUCCGAUGAUGCGAUCAGACUGUCAUUUGCCAAGUCCGGACGGCGGACAGAGUCGGCAAUCGAUCGGACGGACCCAAGACGUGUUCGGACGGACUGUAGCUAAAGUGCCCGAGAUUACGAUACACAACAACACGCCAGUGGAUAUUCCCAACACUUGGGGUAUCGAUAGGUUCAGUCAGAUAAACACUCCGCCUACGAGUAUCGAGUCUUUAGUGUGGGGAUCGACGUUCACAACUGAGCCGACGUUACCCCGCGUCGAUAACAUUCCCACUACGCUCAAUACGCCGCCCGCGCAGAGCUGGAACUCUUUACCGCCCUUCGAUAGUGGUAGGAGACCUACAGAGGAUAUUAGUGAUCCGUGGACUUUAGGUCAAUUUCGAGUAGAGCCUCCUCACCAAGUGCAAAAUUUCGUGGAGCAAAAUGUGAGCUUCGACGCUCUGAGUGGUCACUUGAGUCACGUGUUACCGAGUUAUUUGGACGACGGCUACUCGGAGACAUCUCGUGUGGACUGA